UUAAAAAUAUGGCUGCUGAUGAAAACCAUCCAGAACGGUGAUUUGUUCUGGAUCAGAAAUAGCAGGAAUAACUUCAGUGGAAUAUGCAGUAACAGAUGACCUGAACAUCUAAACACCAAAAAGUGAAGGAACAUAUGAAGAGUGGGGAGGAAACGUUUAUUUCUUCUUUCAAAUUUAAGAUGAUUGGUAGUUUGGAGACUUUUUGUGUUAUUGCUGCUCUAUUACUACUUCAUUUUGAACAGUGUAAUAGCGCUUGUGCCCGAGCUGAAUAUGAGAUAAAUGGAGAAUGCUGUCCCAUGUGUGCACCAGGAACCCAUGUUUAUAGACAUUGUACUGAGUACACCAGUACAACCUGUGUACCAUGUACUCAAUCAACUUACACUGCAGAACCCAAUGGGCUUUCACAUUGCCUUAGCUGUAAAAUGUGUGAUUCUGGACAGGGAUUAAUGGUAAAAACUCCCUGCACACUAACUUCAGAUAAAGUGUGUGAGCCGUUAAAUGAAUAUUACUGUAUAGAUCUACAGAAAGACAGCUGUAGACAUGCUGAAAAACACACAACAUGCAGUCCUGGACAAUACAUAAAGCAUAAAGGAACAGCUUUUACAGACACUGUAUGUGAUGAAUGUGCAGAUGGUACCUACUCCAAUGGCUCACUUCAAAUUUGUCAGGAGUAUUCAAAAUGUGAAAAUAUGAAUCUUAUAGUAAUAAAUCCAGGAACAAAAUCUACUGAUGUUGUUUGUGGAAAACAAUCUCCAGUGAUUUUAAUUGUCUCAUCUGUAGUUGUUGUAGCACUCAUAGUUGUAGCACUCAUAGUUGUAGCAUGCAUCUACAAAAAGAAACAAUGGUGUAGGCCAAACGAUGUUAUUUAG